AGAAGGAUUUUCCUUGUACUAUUCUUAGAAAUCAAGUUGGUGCUAGCAAACGUCAUGAUUUGACAGUAAUGGCAUGAGAAAUUGACCUGAACGUGUACCUUCUUUUCGAAUAAUAGAGCCUAUUUUCAGCUGACUGCAUCUAUACAAAGGUAAGACAUUCUGAAGGGUUUGGAGUCCGUACAUAGAAAAUGUUUUAUUCUGUAUUUUACUCUGAAAGUGACGGUGUUAUCCGCCGAUGAUCCGUUAGAUUUGACAGCUCACAUUCGCAUCCCAUCCCCCCCAUCCCAUCCAUACCGUUGUUCCGCAGAGGAUGUUCGCAACCUAUGGUUUCCAUACAGCGGACUUUGUUAUUUUCACAUGACAAAUGCUCUUUGGUACUUUUUAGCAACUGCGGAUUGUUUUCAACCGGAAGAAGACCGGCGAGGUCAUGGGGGGCAAAGUCAGUAGAAAAAUGGCGGCUGUUGGGCGGGUGGUACAGGUACGCUUGUCUAACUGGGCAAUUUAUCGCUCUGCAACAACACUUGUCACUCAAGUGAGUACAUUUAAAAGUUGAAUAGUUAAUGUAAGAAGUUACGGUUUUCAAGGUCAGAAAUCAGUGACAUUUCUUGUCGCUUUACUUUUGCUGUGCAUCCCCAAAGCUAACGCGCAAGCUACCCAUGCUAAUGCCCUUGUUGGUCUGCAUGAAAUUCCAAAGGGUUAGGAUGUAGUUAGCUACUGUUACUAGCUAGUAUGUAGAUGACAGUAAACGUUGACUAACUAAAUUCUAACUAACUAGCUCCAUUCUAACUGCAACAUAUGAUUUAUGCGGUUAGUCGUUGAACUAAGGCUAAAAAUAGCAAGUUCACUGAUCAGUAACGUUAGUUCUCCCUGUCAGUGUUUACUCUAGCUAGCUAGCUAAUUUAUAUUGUCCAGUAGCGUGCGAGCUAGUUAUCUCCAUGCAGCUUCCCAGUAUGCAGUUUAUUUCAAGUAAUGAUAAACAUGUGAAGGCCUAUAAUACAAUAUGGCAUUGUUUUAACUUCAUAGCAUUAAACAGUAUAUAGGGCUGACUGGCUGCAAAAGAGAAGUGUGUCAUAAUAACUACUUUAACUUAAGUGGUUGAUUAAUUUGUCUGUUUUCAUUUGACUACCUUUCAGGCUGUGAAACCUCAUGCUCCACUAAUCAAGUUUCCCAACAGAGAGGGGGUCCCCAGGCCGAAUGGUGAGUAGCAACUUGUCUGUGUGUUGUUGCACUACCUAUUGUUUUCUUUUUGUCCAUGCAUAGUGCUAACCCUAUUGAAGAGGACAUUCCACCCUUUGACUGUUCAGGGACACAGCUACUGUAUGCAAUUGUGCUUUGUUUGUCAACAUGUAGCCUAUCUCAUAUUGAUGUGUUGGUUGAAUGUUGAUUAGUUGCAUCAACUUGAACAUGAUGGGCAGUAUGAAUUGCAUCAAAUGUAGCUUCUAUUGUAAUAUUACUCUGUAGUUCUCUGCAUUAAAAACAUUUGUCCUCUAUUGGUUUGACAUUUUGUUGGCAAACCUGGGUAUUGUUUUGAGGUGCUUUUCAAAUGAAAGGGGAAACACUGACUUGAUUUUCCAUUUAAAAAACAUGUCAACUCGAGUGUAUUUUAGGAAGAGAUUGUUUUAGUCCUUUCCAAUUUCAUUAUAGAAACAGUGCUAUGAAUGUUCUAAUCAAAGCAAACCAGAAGCAAUAAAAGUGAUGAAUAAAAUAACAUAAAACACAUAGGAUGUGUAAAACAAUAAAAUCACUGAUUUAAAAGCUACAUGAAUAUUGUUUAAAAACAAACAACCAUUUCCUCUGUUUCAGUCCAAGAGGCUCUUAAAACAUUAGCAGUCAGCUCUCCUAGUUCACCUCCAGUUGUAGCGCCGCUGCCGUUAUCAAGACCCCCUGGACCUCUCACUCGACUCCCUGGAACCCCAGACAGCUUGGCCACAGUGAAGGAACUCCCCCAAAGAUACCGCAGGAGGGCACUGGAAGCAGAAGAGAUGGACUAUAUUCAGGUGAGUGCCUAGCUGUGGGACUGAAGAAGUGCUGUAAUUGUGUCUUAUUAUUGUAAAGAACUGAGGUUUAUACAAAUGAUUUCGGGGGUGGUGACACAUGGCUACACUCAUGGGUAUGAUCUGUACUGUAAUUGAAUCUCUGCUUUGAAUUCAGCCCAUAGUGUUACAGAAGGCAUCCCGGGUACACAAAGUGCAUUAACUGUUGUUACCGGAGUGUUGUAAUACAGUAAAGCUCUCACUAACCACCAACUCUUCUGGUUUAUUUUUCAGCGUGGUGGACCAGAGUGAUGUUGAGUGACUCAGUGAAUGCAACCAAAGUCCUUAUCUGUGGAAAUCAGUUUGUCUUUGCCUAAUUUUGUACCUCAACAAGAGAGGACCUGCUGCCACAUAUCAGACGUCAUGCAGAAUAAAGAUACUAUAAUUCAUGUUGAAAUUGUACAUAUUAAGUUUAUUUUUAAAGAUGUGAUUGUGUAGAUAUUUUUUGCUUCAUUGUAACUUAAUGUCAAGGGACAUUUAUUUAAUUGUUUGCGCUUAGAAAAAGCCACUACAGUAAAUCUUCCAAUUAUAUCAUUAUUUAUUUGUUCAGCACCCACCUCAUUCAGUGCUCACUAUUUUAGACCUUCACUUAAUUCAAACCUUGAAAGUUAAUGUUGGCAUCAACUGUACAUCAGUGUACCAUUGACCAGACAGUUCUCCCAUCACUACACUACAUUGUCGAUAGUUGCACAUUUCUAUGAAACAAGGACCAGACUGAAUUACGCCACAACACUGAAGAAAAUGAAGGGCUCUUUCUCAUGGCCCCUCAGUGCAAAAACAUGGAUUAAUCUGGUGCAAGUCUGUUGGGUACAGAGAAAGUAGGAUACACAAUGGAAGUGAAUGGAUUUUUUGAUAUUGGACAUGAAUGAUUAAAAUGGUUA